AUGGAUACGCUGCAGUACGAUGAGGAUAUUUCCGCCAAUGGCUACUACCAGCGGUUACUAAGCGACCACCACAGCAUCCUGGAGACGGCCGCCGUCGAGGGUUGGAUCGUGUGCGUACCGCGCGUCGGUUCCUUCAGCGACCAGUGCCUGCAGGAUCAGGAGUUUGCCCUGGCGCACGUCCUCGUGCCGAACGAGGAGCUUCCGGAGACGCACUUCUUCAACCUGAACUUCCUGCAGCUGAAGCUGGCCGAGCGGGCGCUCGUGUUCGGCGGCAUGCGCGUGCGCAUUCUGUUCGAGGAGAUAUUCUACCGCGACGGGCUGAAGUACAAGGUGUGGUGCAUCGAGCGGCCCCUGCACGACAUGAAGAAGUACGGCACGUACGCGGAGGACGAUCUGUCGCUCGGGCGGUUCCUCGGCAUCGGUAGUCUCACCGAGGCGGUCGAGUUUAUUCGCACGGCGGCGAAAAAGAAGGACAUCUUCGGCCGGAUGGACGCGAGGGUGCAGCAGUUCGUGCGGGCGAACGGCGACUUCGGCCGGUGGCAGUUCGAGGAGCAGAAGGCCCUGGUCAAGAUGGUGUACGUCGAGUGCUUGGAUUUGAUACUGCAGAACCGCAAGCUGAAGGACCGCUGCCAGCGCGAUAUGCUGCUGCGGCGCAACGUGAAGGUUGCCAUCGAGACGUACGUCAUGGACAAGCUGUACGAUCACGUGAAGAGCGUGAUCGACGUGUGCCGGAUGGAGCAAGCGGAGGGCUUCAACAAAACGCUACGCAACCUGGGCGAUGUGCACUGUACCGAGUUCGAGGUGGCCCAGCGGUUCGGCGAUCUGAUACCGCUGGCGAAGAAGGAGCUGGCCAAAAUCGACCAUGCGCGCACGGUGAUCGAUAAGAUCGGUUGCCUGCAGCGGGUGAUGGAUGUGCUGACGAAAGGGAAUGGCUCGUUGCAGGACACGGUCACCGUGGACGAUCUGGUGCCGUUGUUUAUUUUUCUCAUCCUAAAGUCGGGCCUCACGCACUGGAUGAUGACGAUCACGUUCCUGAAGGAGUUCCAGUUCAACAACGUGUUCCGCGAGCAGCACAUCGAGACGGGUCAGCAUGGUUUCCUCAUCGCGACACUCGAGGCGGCCAUCGUGUACGUCGGCUGUGGGAGUAUUACGCGAACUCAGCGGCUCGGUGUCAACCUGGACCCACGAGUACGCUCCUCACGGUCCACGGGCAGCUCGGAGGAGGACGAGGAAGAGGAGGACAGUCUGGCGGCAUGGGGGCAGUUUCGUAAUGCGGACGAUUUCCUCAACUACCUGCUCGCGCUGAUGCGCAAGGACGAGGAGACGCGCGUCGUGGAGCUGCUGCAGGAUAUCACCAACAAUCAGGCGCUGCUGUGCAACGUGCCGAACGAGGAGGCCGGUUACUACUACUAUCUUCCCUCGAUCGACGACCAGAACCAGCAGGGCCAGGCGGCGAUACACCUGGCGGCGAUCCUAGGCAACGCCAAGCUCCUGACGCUCAUCCUCUCCCUCCAGCCGAACGUGAACGCCGUCGACGCAAAGAACUGGACCGCGCUGCAUUACGCCGCAGCGAACGGUCAUCAGAAUCUGCUACUGCUGCUGCUGCACGCGGGGAUUAACAUUAACAGCACCAGCAACGAUCUACACACAUCGCUCCAUUUGGCGUGUCUUAAUGGCCACAGUGGAUGUGUGAAAGCGUUGCUGUACUUCUCCGAGCACAUGCGCAUCUACGUCGACGUGAACGCGGCCACCGAGCUGGGCCACACACCGCUGCACUACGCCGCCAAGUGGGGCUUCCUGGACAUCGUCGAAACGCUGGUCGAGUACUCGGCCCGGGUGGAGGUGGUCAACAAGCUGGGCGCCACGCCGUUACGCUACUCGCACAACGUUCGCAUUACGAAACUGCUGGUGGACGCGCUGAACGACCAGCGGCGCAUUGCCGCCGGACGUGGGCCCCGGUCGAACGGGCGCCCGACGACCGGGUAUCUGGUGGCAGAUGAGCUGCUCAGUUCCCAGCGCUACUCGGACCACGAUCUGCUCUCGGAGGAUGCCCGGGAAAAGCGCACAAUCGAGGAAAUGAAGCGCAUCGAGAAAGCACUGGAAGCCAUCGCCGCCCAGGACACCAAGCUGGCCUGCGUUUACCUUGGCAUCGAUGGCGGGAAGGACGGUCGGGUGGGUGACCUGCUACCGUCACCUCGUUCGGACUACGAGCAGGGAAAUGGUGAGAAACUCUGCCACCCGCUGUGCACCUGCAAUCGAUGCGUUCGGAAGUCGUCCGAGUUCUACAACCUGCUGCGGAAACCGUUUGGGUCGUCGGCCAAACCACCGGCGUCGGAACCCCCGAGGGCGCCGCGACUCCGGCUCAACCUGAACGCCGUCAACGGCGAAGGCUACACGGCCCUGCACGUGGCGGCCAUGCACGGCAACGUCGAGAUGGUCCGGGUGUUGCUGGACGAACACGUCAAUCCCACCAUUCGGCUGAAGUCCGGUGCGACCGCGCUCCAUCUGGCGACACGCGAGCGACGGUUGCGCAUCGUUCGUAUGCUGCUGGCCCGGUGUCCGACGGCCGACAUCGUCGACCUGAAGGACAGCCGGGGCGACACACCGCUGCACUACGCGGUCGAGCAGAACAAUUUGCAGCUGGUGCAGAUGCUGCUGGAGGCCCGGGCGGAUCGGAGCAUACGCAACCUGCAGGGCAAACGGCCGAUAGACAUAGCAAAGAAUAAUCUGUACUUUAAUGUGGUCAACCUGCUCGAACAGCAGUCGUAAGGGAAGAUGAAAGGCGCGCUGGGGACAUUUGUGUAAAUUGCAGUGUAAAUAUGGUUUUUUUUCAAUGCCCUGCUUUUCGUCGUAUAUGUAAAAAUAAAACAAAUUAAUUGUUA